AUGCUUUCGUCAAAGGCUUUACUCACGAUCCUACGAUGUCCGAAGAGACUUGGUGCUAGAGAAGUUACCCAAAAUGUGAGGUUCAACCUAGCAUCAUGCGGCCAAUAUAUGCGAAGUCUCCAGCCUCAACGAAGAUACUCUGCUGCUUCUAUGGCAAGCUCGUCGGAUUAUCUGGAUCAUAUAUACACUGCCUGGCGUCAAGAUCCAACUAAUGUCCAUUCGUCCUGGCAAGAAUAUUUCAAUGCCGUCGAAAAUGGCCUACCAACCUCGGAGCCUACAUUUGAGCCGCUUGGAAAGUCUUCAUUUUCCUUGAAUGCCAUUGGUAGGGGUGCCGUCAAGGAUUUACCAGCUUUAUCUACUGCGUCUGACCAUUAUUCAAAGACCGUGCGCUUGGUCCGCGCAUAUCAAGACUUUGGCCACAAGAAAGCUGAAACAAAUCCGCUCGAUCUCCCCGAGAAGAAAUUCCCGUAUCCCGAGGAACUAGAACCAGAAUUCUAUGGAUUCACUGAGUCUGAUAUGGACCAUGAAUUUGUCCUCGGCCCAGAAUUGCUACCACACUUCAUUUCAGCUACCCCUCGAACGAUGACCCUCCGAGACAUCAUCAAAACUUGCGAGGAUGUAUACUGUGGAUCGAUUGGUGCCGAGUAUAGCCAUGUUGAUACUGUCGACGAACGUGAAUGGAUCCGUGAGCGCCUAGAAGUUCCCGAGCCUUACCGAUACUCUACAGAAGAAAAGAAGCAAAUCCUUGAUCGUCUUGUUUGGACAACCAACUUCGAGAAAUUCAUGUCCGCCAAGUUCCCCAAUGCCAAGCGAUCCAGCAUCGAAGGCGUCGAGACUCAAAUUCCUGCGCUAAAAGCGAUUAUCGACGCUAGCGCGGAAAAUGGCGUUAAGAACAUCAUCUUUCCUUGCUGUCACCGUGGCAAGUUGAAUGUGCUUAGCAAUGUAGGCCGCAAGCCAAACGAGCUGAUCUUCAGUGAAUUCUCCUCUGAUUCAGAAUCUCGUCUGAAUAUAUCGGGAGACGUCAAAUACCACCUUGGAAUUAGCCAUGAUCGGAAGACUCCUAGUGGAAAAUAUGUGAAUAUUUUGAUCUUGCCAAACCCUUCGCACCUGGAAGCGCAGAAUACACUCGGUCAAGGCAUGGCUCGGGCUGUCCAACACCAGAACCAGGGGGAUCGAGCGUCUACUAUGGUCUUGAACAGCCACACGGAUGCCUCUUUCGCUGGACAGGGAGUCAUUUACGAAACCUUGGGACUCUCUGGGUUGAAAUUCUACGAAACGGGUGGUACUGUGCACUUGAUUAUCAACAACCAAGUGGGAUUCACCACGGAUGCCGAAUCUGCACGAAGCUCGCCCUAUGCGUCCGAUAUAGCAAAGAGCAUUUCCGCUCCCAUCUUCCACGUUAAUGCGGAUGAUGCCGAGGCUGUGGUUUUUGUCGGCAAACUGGCUGCGGAUUAUCGCGCAAAAUUUGGGAAGGAUUGCUGGGUCGACAUGAUCUGCUACAGAAAACAUGGUCAUAAUGAGAUGGAUCAACCAUUCUUCACUCAGCCAAUGAUGUACGAGCAGAUCGAGAAGAAGACUCCUCACCUCGAAUCAUACACAGAGAAACUGGUUCGGCAAGGAGUGGUCACAGUUGAUGAAGUCAAACAGAUGGAGGCAAGGGCUUGGAAGGAGAUGACAAAGAGUCUAGAAAAUAGUUCAAGUCCCGAGGCUCUUGAGCGUGAAUAUCUUACAGCUCCAUGGAAGGAUAUGAAGACACCAGAAGAGGUCAUGCGUGAGAGCUUCGCAGCAAAAGCGACUGCCAUUGACCACAGCACUAUUGGGACGAUCGCAAGCAAGCUGGGAAUUCCCGAGGAGCCGUUCAAAGUACACAAAAGCUUGAGGCGGAUUCUUCAAAAGCGCCAACAGAGCCUAACAGAUGGUCGAGAUAUUGACUGGGCUACGGCUGAGGCUCUGGCAGUGGGGAGUUUAUGCCUCGAAGGGCAUCACGUUCGUGUCUCCGGCCAAGACGUUCAGCGCGGUACUUUCUCACAACGUCAUGCCGUGCUCCACGAUCAAAAAAACGGAGGGGCCUAUUUACCACUGAACAAUCUCAGCGCAGAUCAAGCUGAAUUCACCAUCGGGAACUCUUCUCUGAGCGAAUAUGGCAUAAUGGGGUUCGAUUACGGUUAUUCUUGCAUGUACCCGAAUAGCUUGGUGAUGUGGGAGGCCCAGUUCGGUGAUUUUGCAAACAAUGCACAAUGCAUCAUCGACCAAUUCAUCUCAUCUGCAGAGAAUAAGUGGCUCCUUCGCUCUGGGCUUAUUUUAUCUCUGCCUCAUGGAUUUGAUGGACAGGGACCAGAGCAUUCUUCAGCCCGAAUGGAGCGUUUCCUGCAGUUAUGCAGCGAGGAUGGUCGUUUCUUUCCGACAAAGGACCAGAUUGAUAGACAGCAUCAGGACGCCAACAUGCAAGUGGUUCAAAUGACUACCCCAGCCAAUGUUUUCCAUGUCUUGAGACGACAGUUGCACAGAGAAUUCAGAAAGCCUCUUAUCCUAUUCUUCUCGAAGUCUCUGCUACGCCAUCCCUCAGUGAAGUCUCAGAUCGAGGACUUCACAGGAGACUCUCGUUUCCAACCUCUCAUUGCUGACCCGGCACAUGGCACUUCAAUCGCUCCGGCCUCACAAAUCAAAAGAGUCAUCUACUGUUCUGGGCAGGUUUAUUUUGCGCUGGUAAAUUAUCGCGAUACACAUGGGAUAACAGAUACGGCUAUUACCCGCAUUGAACAGCUACAUCCUUUCCCCUGGGAGCAAGCGCGGGAUAAUCUCACUCAGUACUCCAAUGCCUCUGAUAUUGUCUGGUGCCAAGAGGAGUCUUUGAACGAUGGACCGUGGUCUUUUGCAAAGACUCGUCUAGAGACAAUUUUCGAUACAACUAACCAGCACAAGGGUGGUCGUCUGCGGUUUGCAGGUCGCGGAGCAACGUCCAGUGUUGCCACGGGAUUUGGUAAAGUGCACCGGGCACAGGAAGCAGCCUUGCUGGAAGAAGCAUUUCAAGGACCAGAGUGA